AAAUACAGUUUUCCCAUGAUCCUUUAUUCUACAAUAGACAUACCCGCAUAUGACAGUGAAAAUGAACUAGCUGAAUUCGCACUUUAUAUACACUGAUAAUGGCCGGAUAUAAUAUUGAUUGUACUUGCACGAUUGUCCAAUAGAAAGAAUCAAAAGGUGUUGAUUGUUUUCAUGUGUGUGUGUGUGUGUGUGUGUGUAGGUUAUUCUCCGUCAUUAUGUUUGUAUGUUUUUGUUCGACGGCGAUAACUUGACCAAAAACUGAACUAUCAGGCAGUUUACGGAAAAAACGAAUGUUUAUGGAUCCAAAAAAUCGAUGACUAGUCCUGCACAGGAAGACCACAUUACCGUGUAUGCAAUAUAGGAACAUAAAUUUUCCAAGAAUGGUUGAUGACUGCGGAACACAUAUGUUUACGGUUGAUAGUUAAAUAACACAGAACCAUAAAGUUCUAAAAAUCUGCUUUAUAAAUGUAUAUUUACUAAAAUGACAAGAUGGUCUGAACACUGUUGUAACAUAUUUUGUAGAUACAAGACAUACUAUCUCGUAUUUGCGAUAAUCAUGUCAACGAUCAUAUUGUUUUAUCUGGACAAAUCAUAUACCCUCUUACCAAGUUUCGCUACCAGUCAGUUUUACAAUACAGAUGAGCAAUACCUAGAAAUAUAUGACGACACGGUACUUCUAAAUAAAACAAAAAGGAUUGUUCUUUUGUGGACUACGUUUUUUAAAAGUAUGCACUGGGAACGUGAAAUUAGGAAAAGAUUCAUGACUUGUAACAAACAAUGUGAAGUGACAUCGGACAGAAAACGUCAAAAGGAAGCCGAUGCUUUAUUAUUCCAUCAUGGAGAUUUAAACCAGAAAGACCUUCCGCCUUUUCGUGUUAUAAAACAACCAUGGAUUUUGUUUACUUUGGAACCAACAACGUUGAUACAGGGUAAUAUGAAUUGGUGGGGUAAAAUAUUUAAUUGGACCAUGUCCUACAGGACUUAUUCCACUAUAUUCAAUCCUUAUGGUUACUAUGUAAAUAACAGCAAUGUAAAACCAGUCGAAAACAGUAAAGUUGACUAUAAAAACCGCACAAAGGACAUGAUGGCGGUUAUCAGUCGUUGCCAUGACGAUGCAAGACGUUAUAAAAUUAUUCAUGAGUUAUCCAAGCACUUUCAGGUUGAUGUAUAUGGACAUUGUAGUCGUAAGAAAUUAAAAUGUGACUACCACGACAAAUUUUAUUGUCUUGAUCCUAAAGAGAUAAAGAGAUAUAAAUUCAGACUUGCUUUUGAAAAUGGAUACUGUCGAGAUUACAUCACAGAAAAAUAUUGGAGCUCACUAUUGCAGGAUAUCAUUCCUAUAGUAAACUGGAAAGAGCACCAGAACAACGGCCAUGUUGUGCCUUACUCAUAUAUAAAUAUUUAUGAUUUUAAAAAUCUUACAACUGCAAUACAAUAUAUAAAAAAUGUUAGCAACAAUGAGUCCUUGUAUGAUUCGUUCUACGAGUGGAAACGUUCAUAUAAGGCCGUCUCAUCGAUGUACAGUGGAUUCUGUCGAUUGUGUGAUAGAUUACACCAACCCUUUCAUCUACAAGUUUAUAAAGACUUAGAGAAAUGGUUCAAAGAUGAUACUUGUGGUAAACACAAUCUUUUUGAUGGUGCAUUUAGACAUAUUGACAGAUAUUUGUUCAACAACCUCCACAGAUAACAACAGUUACACAACAAUAAUUAUACAGAUAACAACAGUUAAAUAAUUAUAAUUAUUCCUCGUUCACAGAUAACAACAGUUAAACAACUAUAAGUAUUCCUCGUUCACAGAUAACAACAAAUUAACAACUACAAUUAUUCCUCGUUCACAGAUAACAACAGUUUAACUACUGUAGUUAUUCCUCUUCCACAGAUACAUAACAGCAGUUAAGCAACUAUAAUUAUUCUUCGGCCACAGAUAACAAGAGUUAAACAAUUAUAAUAAUUCCUCGGCUACAGAUAACAACAGUUAAACAACUAUAAUAAUUAUUGUUCCUCGUCCACAGAUAACAAAUUUUGAACAACUAUAGGUAUCCAUCGACCACAGAUAACACCAGUUAAACAACUAUAAUUAUUCCUCUUAAGAUUGUAAAAUACGAUUAUUUGUCCGAUAGGCAACAUUAGAGGCAAUUUUCGAGUUACAGGCUUUAGAAGGUUGACUUUUGGAAAUUAUAGAACAAAUUAUAAAACAGAAUAUUUUAGUCAAUAAAAUAUAGGUGCAGGUGUUUUUUCUUAACACCAUUUCACUUUUAUCCGUUGUCUAUUAAUUUUGCGCUAUAAAAUAUAUGUCUCGUCACAAUGACCUGAUAUGAUUACCAAUGACAUAUCUCUACCAUGCAAAUACCAAAACAACGCAGAAGUUUUUAGGUCAACGUAUGGCCUUCAACAAAUAAUGAGCAAAACCCAUACUGCAUAAAAUUUUCUUCGUUCCUUUAAUAGAAUCCAUGACCUCAUGUUGGAUGUCUUCAGACCUUACCCAACAACUAAUAAUAAGGAGACGUAUAUGCAGUGCUCAUGAAAUUGUCACAGGCAGACGUAUACAAAGAUUCUAUAGACCUAAUAUUGUUGUAUACUGAGUCUUUUAAAUAAAUCACAUUAACCUCACAUUAUUAUUAUCAAUGAUCCAUAUGAAUUAGGUCAAGGUCAGAUGCCUGGAUCAGUCAAAUGAACAUAUAUUCCUUACAAUAAUUCCACACACCAAAUA